UCUUUGUUUCUUCUAGGUACGCUCAACAUAACAAGAGUACUUGAGCUAGAGGGAUCAAAAAAUAUCAAAUUUGCUCCAGCAUGUAUGUCUGCACUUGAGGCUCUUCUUUAUGAUGUUUAUCAUGUUCAGUCUCCCAGACCAAGCGAUUAUGAUCACAGGAGAGAAUUGGUUCGUGUUUUUAAUUUGAUGGCAAGGGAGGUAUAUGGUAAUCACGGUGAAUUUCCUGUUGUGCAACCUUUUGGGUCUUUCUUAAUGGAUAUGUUCAGUGCUGAAAGUGAUCUGGAUUUAUCUAUUAAUUUGAGCAACGAUAUGGUCGAAUUUCCCCGAGAGAAAAAGAUUCAAACCCUCAGAAAGUUUGCCAGACGCUUGUAUUCUUUUCAAAGUAAAGGGCAUGUUUCCUGUGUCCAACCCAUCUUGAGAGCUAGGGUGCCUAUUCUGAAAGUGGUGGAUCAUGGAACUGGAAUUGAGUGUGAUAUUUCAGUUGAAAACAAGGAUGGCAUUCUCAAGUCCCAGAUUAUUCACAUUAUUGCUGCAAUUGAUGAAAGAUUUCAGAAACUAAGUUGUUUGAUGAAAGCAUGGGCAAAAGCACAUGACAUUAACAGCUCAAAAGAUCGCACUCUGAACUCCUUAUCCAUAACAUUAUUAGUUGCGUUUCAUUUGCAGACUCGCAACCCUCCUAUUUUACCUGCAUUUCGUGACCUAUUUAAACAUGGCACUGAUCCUGAAUGUGUGAUGAAAUUGGUCCAUGGUUUUCUGAGAUAUGGUGAAAGAAAUAAAGAAUCUUUAGCUGAACUCUUUCUGACUCUGUUGACUAAGCUGGUAUCGGUUGAGACACUAUGGCCUGAAGGUCUUUGUGCAAGUACGUAUGAAGGAUGUUGGAUAUCUAAAACAUGGGAUUCUAAAGUUGGCUAUAUAAAUGUGGAGGAUUUCACUGAUAGGUCUCAGAAUGUUGCAAGGUCAGUUGGAAAGGAAGGGGCCCAGAAAAUCUACAAGUGCAUCCACACAUCUCUUCAUGACCUUUCAGUCUUCAUGAAUGGUAGAAUUCAAGCACCCAAUUUAGAAGGACUCUUUUUUGGGCCUAAACAUUAUUCUACUCUGAAAAGUGGUGCUGCUGUGGAUCUUAAGAGAAGCUUUCCCUUCUCCGAUCCUGUAAUGCUGCCACCCCCCUUCGACCCCAUCCCAACAAAGAAGAUGCGGUUUGAAGGAGUUUCAGUAGGAGAAUUGAAACCACAUGGUUGGAUUCCAUGGGAUGUUGCUUCUCAGAUUCAACCUAUUCAUAAUCAACAUCCUCCGGUUGUAGCUCAAGAACAUGGGUACAGAUCAGAGCAAGUGCCUUCUGGUUUUGUGCGGUCAGGUGGUCCUUCGCACAUUGCUUCUGUUCCACCUCCAUAUGGUGGAGGAUUGCAGAAAAAUAUGAAUCCCAUGCUUGACAAUGAACUGCCAUAUGUAAGACAUGCUCAAGAAUAUGCGUACAGAUCAGAGCGAAUGCCUUCUGGUUCUGUAUGGUCAGGUGGUCCUUUGUACAGCCCUUCUGUUCCACCGUCAUAUGGAGGAUUGCAACAGAGCCCCCGGUUUGAGGGAUUUGCAAAAUAUAAAUCCCAAUGAGUGAACUCGCAGCAUGUGACACUUGUCCAACCCCAGCUCUACCACAACCAGGAUAGGGGGCCAUUCAAUCUGCAUGGACAUGGUUAGUUUCCCUGAGAUCCAGUUCUGAUGCCAAAUCGUCAUUGAGUCAAUGAUCUCUUCCCUGUCGGUGGGUGUACACUCACUCAUGGACAUCAUCUCCACAAAGACCAACUUGACUGAUAGAGAAAUGCACCCUUGUUUACUUGGAAAAACAUGUACAAAUCCUCUAGGGAGAGAUGCCAGUCAAUGGUGGAAACCUCUAGGGUUAACCUCUACAAGAUGAGGUGAUGUUUGAAAAUGACUCCAACUGGAUAUAAUGCUGUCAAACUGCGUUCAGCUGUGCAUGUUUUUUAAGUCUUGGUCCAUAGCAAGCAAUGGAUUUGUACAUUCUUUUGUCAUUAUAGGUGAUCAUGAAGCAAGAUGGUUGGGGAGCAUCA